AUGGUAUCGGCCACCACCUCCGCCGCGAUGCCCUCCGGCAGCUCCCUGUGCGGCACUCCGACGCAGUACGACAUCCCCAACGGCGACGCUGCAUGCGGUGUCCCGAAAAAGGGCGAUCACGUCGACCUCAUGAAGACGUGCUGCAAUGGCGCUCCCGUCGUGGCAUACGAUAACGAUUGCGCCGUCUACUGCCUGGCCUACAAGCAGAGCGUUGAGGACCUCACAAACUGCCUUUAUGCCGGCAAGAUCCCGUACCAGGACGCCUGGUGCAACAAGCCCAAGAAUGCCACGGCCACCCAGACAAACCUCCCCAGCCAGACCUCCUCCGCCGGCCACAGCUCGUCCUCGUCCCCAUCCAAGACCAGUUCUGGCUCGAGUCCAAGCCAGACCAACGCAGCACCUCCGGCGGAGCAGAAGUCCAAGGCCAACAUGGCCGUUUCCAUCAUCAUCACUAUCGGUAUCAUUGCCGGCGUCUUUAUGUAG